AUGCGUUCUUAUGUUAAGGUUGGUCUAAGUGAGCUCCCGUUUAUCUGUCUUUUCGUGGUGCUGAAACCCGUUGUUCUUGACCUGGAGGGGCCAGUUGACCAGCUCAGCAUCAUCCACGUGGCAGGCACCAAAGGCAAGGGGUCCACGUGCGCCAUGGCGGAGAGCAUGCUGAGGGCCAGCGGACACACCACAGGGCUCUUCACCUCGCCACACCUCGUGGACGUCCGGGAGCGCUUCCGCCUCAACGGGGAGAUGGUGUCAGUUGGGACCUUCCUGCAGCAUUUCUGGUGGUGCUACGACCGAUGUAAGGCAGCAGCGUCGUCCCCCUCCUCCCCCAUCCCCAUGCCGGCCUACUUCCGCUUCCUCACUCUGCUUGCGCUGCGCAUCUUCACUCACACCCAGGUUGACGUGGCAAUUCUCGAGGUGGGGGUUGGAGGGAGAUAUGACGGCACGAACAUUGUCAAGUGCCCAGCGGUGUGUGGCGUGUCCUCACUGGGCUUCGACCACAUGGAGGUGCUGGGAAACACUCUCGCUCUGAUAGCGGACCAGAAGGCUGGGAUAUUCAAGGCAGGAGUGCCGGCAGUGACGGCGCCACAGGAGGAGGAGGCAAUGGAGGUGCUCCGGCAGCGAGCAGCGGAGCUGCAGAUUCCUCUGGAGGUCGCCAGGCCGUGGCACGAGGUGGCGCCAGGUGUCCGCGUGGGAUUGGCUGGCAAGCACCAGGAGAUCAACGCCUCACUGGCCGUUUCUCUGUGCCGCCAGUGGGCCAUCGGCAGUGGCAGGACAGAGGAGGCACGUGCAAUUGAUGAGGCCCUGGCCAGUAAGACACUGCCACCUGCCUACAUCACAGGGCUAGGGAGUGUUUCCUGGCUGGGCAGGUGCGAAAUUUUGCAGGACUGCACAACCGCGCCUGGGCAGGAUGGAGGUGCAGGCGGGCAGCUGACGUUUUUCUUAGACGGUGCCCAUACAGUGGAAAGCAUGGAGGUGUGCGGGGAGUGGUUCUGCGAUGCCACUCAAAGUGGAACAGGGUGUGCAGGGGCAGAUGAACGGGCAGAUGAAGGGGCAGAUGAAGGGGCAGAAGAGUUGACAGCAGCAGGGGUGCAAGAGUCAAGUCAAGUGGAAGGCAAGACACCUGUGCGGGUACUGCUCUUCAACUGCAUGACUAAGAGAGACCCUCGCACACUCGUGGCACAGCUGCUCGACACGCUUGAGCGUAGAGGCCUGACCAUUCAAGUUGCCCUCUUCGCCCCGUCCCUCUCCUCCUACAGCACUCUCCUCCCCCCUCCCUCCACCUCCUCUCCCUCUCAUCUUACCUCGAGAGAGCGGUCUCUUGGUGCUGCGUCGCUGGGCGCUGCUUCGCGCGCUGCGUCACUCGGAGGGGCGUCGCUCGGUGGUGCGUCACUCGGCGGUGCGUCGCUCGGUGGUGCGUCGCUCGGUGGUGCGUCGCUCGGCGGUGCGUCGCUCGGCGGUGCGUCGCUCGGCGGUGCGUCGCUCGGCGGUGCGUCGCUCGGUGGUGCGUCGCUCGGCGGUGCGUCACUCGGUGGUGCGUCGCUCGGCGGUGCGUCGCUCGGUGGUGCGUCGCUCGGCGGUGCGUCGCUCGGUGGUGCGUCGCUCGGCGGUGCGUCGCUCGGCGGUGCGUCGCUCGGUGGUGCGUCGCUCGGCGGUGCGUCGCUCGGCGGUGCGUCGCUCGGUGGUGCGUCGCUCGGCGGUGCGUCGCUCGGCGGUGCGUCGCUCGGCGGUGCGUCGCUCGGAGCCGAGGAAGCAAAGAUGAUUGCAGAGGGGCCGGACAGCUUCACAGGCACGUUCCCUGUGCCCUCCGCCCGAGAGAAACUGCAGUUGAAAUAA